AAAUGGGCGUGGCCGUGUCAGAUGAUUGACUACGCACUGCAGUAAUGCGAGUGGUGACCGGCAGAACAGAUCAGAGAUUAGCGGUAGAAACUUCCUCGUGUAUUUACUUGCUGCUUUGCAAAAACGGAAACAGAAUAGUGUUCAGUACUAGUUCAGUAUCAAUAUAUCGCGGAGUAAGAUGCUGAUGAGAGUGAACAGGUGAUGAUGGAGACGCACCUGUUGAAGUUUGUGGAGCGGGUCCGGUGUCUGUCAGGAGAUCAGCUCAUCUCCAAGGAGUUCAACUUAGUGCGACAGAAGAGCAACUCGAUAAAGGAGGAUUAUGGCCUCACCACCAUAGCAGGAGAAAUGAAAGAUAAUAUGAAGAAAAACCGCUAUAAGGAUAUUCUUCCAUAUGAUCAGACCCGAGUGUGCUUGACUCCGACCACAUCUGAAUAUCAGUCUGAUUAUAUUAAUGCCAACUAUGUCAAGGGAGCGUCUGGAAACAGGACAUACAUCGCUACUCAAGGUCCUCUGAACAACACUGUGGUGGAUUUUUGGCGUAUGAUUUGGCAACACAAUGUUAAGGUCAUAAUCAUGGCUUGUAGAGAGUUCGAGAUGGCAAGGAAAAAAUGUGAAGUCUACUGGGAAUCAACCACAGGAAAAUCCAUUUUCGGCCCCUUUACUGUCUCGACUCUCGAGGAGUCCCAUACAGAUGAAGAAAUCGUUAUUCGGACAUUGGUUGUAAAAUUUUCUGAUGAAACUCGAAAAGUAUCUCACUUCCAGUACACCACCUGGCCGGAUCAUGGAAUUCCAGACGUGCCGGAUGGCAUUCUGGGUAUGAUGGAGUUGGUUCGCCAAAAACAGGCCAACCAGACGGACCCUGUAGUCAUCCACUGCAGCGCCGGCUGUGGCAGGACCGGGGUCAUUUGUGCUAUUGACUAUGUCAAUGAUCUAAUGCUUUCAGAGCAAAUAAAGGAGGAUUUUAAUAUCUUGGACCUUGUGUUAGAGCUCAGAAGACAGAGACCUUCAGCUGUGCAGACUAAGGAGCAAUAUGAAUUUGUCUUUCAUACGGUGGCUCAGAUGUUUGAAAAGCUUUUGCAACAGCGAAACAAAAACACCAAGGCUUCAGAGUCUCUCUACAUCAAUGCGGUUCUGCCGAAGACUCCGUUGAAGUCAGGAUCUCUAAGCUGCAUCGACAUACCGCAGAAAACAAGAUAUCCACCUCUCAAGUCCAGAUUAUCUCAUCCUCCUCCUGAAUUCAGUAUGAAUGACACUUACGCUGUGGUCAACAAGCCCAAACUGCAUCCUCCCACAGUACAUCAAUAUGACAAUGAUAAUUUAAACCGAGGCAAUAACAAUGCUCUCUAUAGUACGGUUAAACCUAAAAACAGACCUCUAUCAGCUUUACCCAUGACAUUACCAACCACAACUGCUUAUGACAGACCAACAGCCAAUCAGAGAGCAUCGGUGGGAUCCAAAAGGACAGAUAAUGAAGGUUAUGAGGUAUUGCCAGGAUCGUUGGGCAGAGAUGCACAGCCACACAAGUCUUCAACAUCAUCGAGUGCAUCUGAGACUCAGUCCUUUACAAAUGAUGAUGAUGAUUAUGAAUAUGUGUCAAGCAAUGUAAAAGAUACCAGCAACCUGUUUGCACCUAGCAGUCUGGGUUUCAACAGCCGUGUAAAGAAACCCAAAGGCCCUCGAGACCCACCGGCUGACUGGAGUCGUGCAGAAAGAUGAAACAGACGCAGGUUUUUGCUUGUGUGAAAGCAACACAGGCGUGUUUUGUGGACUAAGAGUCAAAUUCAGUAGAUGCAGCUGUUUUGGGACUGAUAAAAAAUAUCCUUUUUUUGUUUUUAUGUUAAUAAUGCAUAAUUAUUGUUUUAUCAAUGUUUGUAGAAUAGAUAUUUUAUAAAUACAAGUCUGAAUGCUGGUGCGACAAUUUGACCACAAGCACGGUUAUUUAAAUCUUGGGUUUUUUGCAAUGGAAACAGUCGCUGCAAUUUAUUUUUUGCUGACUAUUUUGCAUAUUUCUCUGAUGUUAAGAAUAAAUAUUUGAAUUAUUUUAAGAAUGGCUUCCUGAACGUUGAGUAGCCUUCACUGACAUUUUAAAUGUGGAUGGUGAUGUGUGUAAAUCAUGAUGUUUUCAAACAGGCUGCAAAAAUAUAAUGGCUCAAGAUUCAUUAAAAAAAAAAAAUUCUCAAAGAGUCGAAAACCAUUUUCAAGUUUUAAUUUCUCUCUGCACAUUUAACAUUUAUAUUUGAUAAGAUCAAGGAUUUCUUACAAAAUGCUCCCUGUAGUAUUGUUGUGAUAUGGGGUUAAUGUCAGUAGAGGGCAGUGUUGAGGUGUAAUUUCACUUCUUAACUCUCAAAAACAGCAUGAUCACUCAUGUCAAUAUAAUACAAAAUCCAAAGUUUA